UUCAACAUGAUGUGGAAAAAACGUGCAAUACUAAUACUAUUACUGGCAAUAAAUUAUCUAAAAUGUAAUUGUUCUAACAUUCUGGGCAUUGUCCCUACAGCGUCCUACAGCCAUCAAUUGGCCUACAUGAAUUUAUGGAACGAAUUAUCAUUGAAAGGCCACAAAGUAACAGUUUUAACAACAGACCCGCAAAACAACCCAAACUUAACCGAAAUAGAUUUAAGCCUUGGCUACAAGUUCCUACAAGAACGCAGUUGGUCUCAGAAAAACACCGAAGGCAGUUCUUUGGAUUAUUUGCAUUUCAUGAGUCAAUGUUUGUGCGAUGUCGUCGACUUGUACUUAAACUUACCUGAAGUACAAAACUUAAUCAGCAAUAAAACUUUACAUUUUGAUGUUGUUAUGGUGGAAUCGUUGUUUGCUGAAUUUUUGGUUUUUGGGGAAUUGUUUCAGGCUCCUACAAUUCUUCUGACAUCUUAUGAGUUCCCAGUUUUAAUGCACAAGAAUUUUCAAAAUGAUUAUCAUGAUAUUUUGUAUCCAGAUAUAUUGCUUCCUUACUUUGAUGCAAAUAGUUUUAUGGGACGUUUGAAAAUCUUUGCAAUUCAAUGGAUAAUUCAGAAUAUUAGGGCUCAGUAUGUGCCUUUAAGGCAAAAUACAAUCGAUAAGUUUUUUGGAAAUAUUUCUUUACCAUUUGAUCAGCUUGUUGCUAAAAGCUCAAUGUUUUUUGUAUCUGUCAGUCCAGUUUUGCUCUAUCCCAGAGCUUUAUCAGCUAGGACGGUUAUUAUUGGAGGAGGAACUACAAUAAAACCAGCUGAAAUCUUAGAAAAAGAAGUUAAACAUUUUUUGGAUGCAGCAACUUCUGGAGCAAUUUAUUUUAGCUUAGGAAGCAACGCUAAAAGUGAAACUUUAGGAAAUGCCACUUUGAAUGGUAUAAUAGAAGUUUUACAACAGUUGCCUUAUAAAGUACUAUGGAAGUUUAAUAAUACCAAUACUUAUAAAAUGCCUAGCAAUAUUUUGACUUUACCUUGGUUUGAGCAGCAAGAUGUUUUACGCCAUCCAAAUAUAAAACUAUUCAUAACCCAAGGAGGCAUCCAGUCAUUAGAAGAAGCCAUCUAUUUCGAAAAACCAAUGGUCGGGAUUCCAAUGUUUGCCGAUCAAGAAAGCAAUUUGAAAAAAUUAGAACGCAAAGGAGUUGUAAAACUUGUACAGUCAAAGCCUUUGCAGCAUGACAAGUUGAAAGAAGCUAUUUUAGAAGUUAUAGGCGAUGUUGGGUAUUUGGAAAAAGUUAGAUUGUUGAAUAGGGUGAAUUUGGAUCAGCCGAUGAGCGGGCUGGAAAAGGCCGUUUGGUGGACUGAGUAUGUUUUGAGGCAUAGAGGAAAUGUUGAUCAUAUGAUUCAUCAUUUGGCAAAGGAAAUUCCUUGGUAUCAAUAUUAUAUGUUGGAUGUAAUUUCGUUUUUAGGCGCUUCUAUAGUUUUUCUUAUGAGUGUUUUAUAUUUUUUGGUUAAAUUUAUUGUGAGGAGAUUGAUUAUUGGAAUUAAUAGUGAAACAAUAAUGAAAAAGAGAAUGUAAUAAAAGUUAUAGGUA